AGCGGCGAACCGGGGGCGCGGGGAGAUGAGGCGGGCUGGAGACCCCACGGCCCGUCGGGGCUCAGGCCGCGGGCGCCUCGGGGCAGCCGCGGGGCUCGGGGCGCAUCGCCUCCGGCUUCUCGGCGCUCCUCUGCCGCCUCCGCCUCCCCCGUCUCCGCCUUCCCCUCCCCUCCCCGGCCUCGCGAGCUCCCCGCGACGCCGACUUCGGCUGGUCCCCGGAAGAGGCCGGGUCCUUCCUCUCAGCCCGGGAAGGGUUUCCUCUCAGAGCUCUGUCUCUCCGCCUCCUCCUCCACUUUUCAGUCCCCGGCGCCGCAGCCGCCCCCAGUCAUCGGCCCUCAAGCCAACAUGGCGGCGGCGGCGGCGGCGGCUGCCCGAGCGCGAGUCUGCGACUCGGAGAAAGCACGGGCCCCCUUCGCGGCCGCCGCCCCCGCCCUGGCCCUCACGCUCCCUCUCCCCCUCCCGCUCCGCGGACACUAAGUGCGUCACCACCAAGACCACCCUCGAGCAUCACGGGAAGUGUAGUCUACGCGCUGAGGCCCCCGAACGCCUCCUCGCGGGACUCCGAAGCCACGCCUCUCUUAGCAACAGUUGCUAGGAGAGGAAAGCUCGCUUUAGCCGAGCGACUGCGCACGAGCUAGGUGAUACCUGCUACUGGGAGUGCUGUGAUCCUGCAAAUUAUUGGGGGAAAAUCACUCUGCACAGAGAAAUUCCUUCAUGCACACUACACAUGCAGAGUUAAAAUAUGGUUUACCUCCAAGCGGAAUCAUUCAUUUUAACGACAGUACGCUCUCCACAUCCUGCAAUCUCAAAGCAUUCUGUAUAGUGAUUUCAUCUUGGUCUCUCCUCAACCAGACAUUUGGAAGAUCAGAAGCAAUCAUUGAUUUCCAAUAAGGUCAUAGAAGUUCAACAACAGUAAGGAUAUCAUUAAGCAGGGAGAAUGUUUGAACAUUGUUUCUUGAAGACCCAGGGCCAUAAAGCUACAAUCUAGUUAAUUGAAAUUACCAAAAACUGUAUUAGAUACAACAAUAUAUGAACCCAAAACUGUAUUACAAACAGUAGUUUCUAAUCUCUAUCAGGAAAUAGCUACUACGAACCACAUGGGGCUUACCAGGCUAGCCCUGAAAUGCUAUUUCAAUUCAAAAUGUAAUUGAAAACGUCUACACCUGCCCGUGGUUAGCAAACAGCACAAAAUAAUACCAUUUGUGAGAGAGCUAGAUGCAGACAAGAUCUCCCCCAGAUUUAGGAACAGAACGCAGAGACCACAAAUGUCUAUCUGACUCUCCACUUACAUCUCUCAGUGCUCCGAGUAUUUUAGGCAGGGUUGCCUCAAUAAGACACCUGUACAAAAAUGCCAAUGGAUUUAGAGUCUGAAAGCCUCCUCUCUAACCGACAGCUCUGUGAUUUCACCUGUAAAACAGUCUUGCCUACCUUCCAGGGGUAAAGUAGGGGCAGCUGCGAGGAUGAGUUCAUGCAUGGAAAAUAAAUCACUUGGUAAAUAAUACUGCAUCAUCUGAUGUGACACUUUACUACUGAUUUAUUCCUCAAACAUGCCAGACACUCUGCUAGGCACUGGGAGUUUAAAAAUGAGUAACCCAGGCGCUGUCCUCCAUUGUCUAGGAGCCUCUGUCAUUCCCCACGGCAAUCGCUCCAGUCAGGUGUGUCUCAUCAGGAUGGCAACUCACAGGAUGUGUCGUGUACCUGCCUCUUGAAUAGUCUGGCUGGAGAAAUCCCAAGCACUUCUUGGGGCCUACAUCAUCCUGCGGCACGUUAGGGUGGUGACCACGGAGGAAGAGGGUAGAUCGAAUCCCCAAGAGACCAAAAGACAGAAGAAAAGAGACCCAAAGCUGCCCCAAUUAGCUUCAGGACUUGGUCUAGAUAUGUCUGAGUCUGUAACUGUAAGAUUUUCCUUGGCCCCAUUCUCCAUGUUUGGCCAUCACAGAGCCUUCUUUACCGGCCCUCCAGGAAAUAGGGCAGCUGGAGAUGCUUCCACUGAUGGAUGAGUUCAGAAGGAACUUUGGAACAUGUUUCGAAGGCUCUUGCUCACAGACGUGGCCCUCCACCCCACUCCAAACCCCACCUCUCACCCAGCUGCUGCCCCGGCCAAGGCUCUGCUGGGCCUAAAUGCAGACAAGCAAGAAGUAGAAGAUGGCAGGACGUCUCGAAGCGUCAGCUCACUUCCUCUGCUGCUUCCUAAUAAUCAUACAACCACGAGAGAGCUCCUGACUCAGAUGGCUGAGAUGGGAGACUUCAGACAGCCCUGUCCACCGUGGAAAAGGAUAACAUCUCGACACCUUUCAUCUACUGUCAGCAUCCGUUGGAAGAAAGCGAGUUCCAUGGCAUGUUCGUAUUAGGAAAAAUAACUCCACAGGAAAUCAAAAGGCCUGGCUCUGUUGGGGAAUUUGCUGUGUGCACUUCGCCAAGGUACUUUGCUUUGCUGAGCCUCAAUUUCUUCAUCUGAGAAGGGUGGACUAAAAUCUCUGAGGCCCCUGCUGAGAGGCUAUGAAGUGAAGUCCCAGAACAACACAUGACCUGUUAAAAAUAUCUCCCCCAAGUGACUGCUCAUGGGUAUGAGGGGGGUUUUUUUUAGGGGGAGGAGGGUGUGGGGUGCGAUGGAAAUGUUCUAAAGUGAGGCUAUGGCAUGGCUGUACAACUCUAAAUAUACCAAAACCACUGAAUUGUAUACUUUAAAGGGGGGGACUUACUCUCCUCUUUUUAAGAUUAUAGUUACAUUUACAUAAUAUAAAAUUUACCACCUGAACCUUUUGGGGGGGGCACAAUUCAGCGGCAUUACGUACAUUCAUUUUUUUGUACUACCCUCACCACCAUCCAUCCACAGACUCUUUCAUCUUGCAAAACUGAAACGCCAAACCCAGUUAACAACUUCCAGUUCUCCUUUCCCACAGCCCCUGGCAACUGCCACAAUACUUUCUGUGUCCAUUAACUUGGCUCCUCUAGGUGACGUAUGUAAGCAGAACCACAGAGUCCUUGUCCUUCUGCGACUGGUUUAUGUCACGGAACACAGUGUCUUCAAGGUUCAGCCAUGUUGCAGCAGGUGUCAGAAUUUCCUUCCCCUUUAAGACUAAAUAAACAUUCCCUUGGAGGUAUGUACGUAUUACAUUGUGUCUCUCCGUUCACCCAUCAGUGGACACUUGGAUUGCUUCCCCCUUUUGGCUAUUUCCAGGUGGCAGAAUUUUAUGAAAUGUAAACUGCAUCGCAAUGAGGCUUUUAAAAAUAUACGUCCCCCAUCUGCCAUGUAAGGGGUCUGAAAUGCUUCCUGUCUUAGGACCAUUCCUUUAGGGUCUUAAAUUCAGAAACUCA